AUGGUCAAGGAGGAUGGGUUGCUUCACACUACUUGCGGGACUCCAAAUUAUGUUGCUCCAGAGGUGCUCAAAGAUAAAGGUUAUGAUGGUACAUCAUCUGAUAUUUGGUCUUGCGGAGUUAUUCUCUUUGUUCUCAUGGCUGGUUAUUUGCCUUUUGAUGAGCCAAGCCUUAUAGGCUUGUAUAAGAAAAUCUGGGAGGCUUCUUUCAGCUGUCCAUCAUGGUUUUCAUCUGGUGCUAGGAAUUUGAUUAAGCGUAUUCUUGAUCCAAACCCUCUUACCCGUAUAACUAUUCCUGAAAUUCUACAAGAUGAAUGGUUUAAGAAAAGGUACAAGCCACCAAAAUUUGAGCAAGAUGAGGAUGUAAAUCUUGAUGAGAAUAUCUUAUAUUUUACAUGGUUAUGA